AUGAAGUACUCAAUACAAGGAAGGUAUAUUCUAUACAAGGAUCAAUUAAUUAAUGGAUAUAUAUGCAUUGAGGAUGGGUUAAUCAAACACAUUUUAGAGUCAUAAGACGAAUUGAUAAUAUAAUAAUACCCUAUAAAAUAUGUCUACGAGAAUCAGAUUAUCAUGGCAGCUGCUAUUGAUACUAAUGUGUCUCUUAGUAUAUGGGAUCAUAUUGAAGACUUCACCAAGUAAGAGUUACUUUGAAUAGAUUGGCUAUCAUAGGUGGAGUUUCCCUUAUUAUUAACAAACCCUUUGUUUUUGAUAUGGAGUUGAGUUCCAAGGAGACUUACGCGAAUCAGAUUGAAUAAUUGAACUUAAGGUCCUAGACAGACUUUAUUCAAAUGGCCAAGUUGCAGAAUUAUUAGGAUGUACUUUAAUAUGAAUUAUGACUUAAAGAUAAAUGGUUUGUUGAAAUUGGGAGCAUUUUGUUUUGACUGUCAUUUAGUGCCAUCAUAUUCAGGAACAUAUUGCAAAGACAAUGAGCAAAUUAUUUAAAUAAUUUAAAAUCUACCAAGUAAAUCAUGCUUGUUUAUCCACACUUAAAGUGCUUUAGAUAAAGAUUUGGGAAUAACAUCUCCAUUCAGAAGCAAGCCUUUUAAUGAGAGAUUGGUGACUUCGUAAUUAGANUUUUUAUUUUUAUUUCAAUUAUUAAAUGUUUAAAAUUUAAUAAAAAGUACAUAAUUGAAAUUUUUUAAGGUUUUAACUUUUCACUUUUAUCAUGUAAGUCUGUUCUUUAUAAAGUAAUUGAUGUGUUAAAAUAAAUUUAUUUUUAAAAAUUGA